AUGCAAUAUAAAAAGCCAUUAGUCGUCUCCGCUUUAGCUGCUACAUCUUUAGCUGCCUAUGCUCCAAAGGACCCGUGGUCCACUUUAACUCCAUCAGCUACUUACAAGGGUGGUAUAACAGAUUACUCUUCGAGUUUCGGUAUUGCUAUUGAAGCCGUGGCUACCAGUGCUUCCUCCGUCGCCUCAUCUAAAGCAAAGAGAGCCGCCUCUCAGAUAGGUGAUGGUCAAGUACAGGCUGCCACUACUACUGCUGCUGUUUCUAAGAAAUCCACCGCUGCUGCUGUUUCUCAAAUAACUGACGGUCAAGUUCAAGCUGCUAAGUCUACUGCCGCUGCUGUUUCCCAAAUAACUGACGGUCAAGUUCAAGCUGCUAAGUCUACUGCCGCUGCCGUUUCUCAAAUAACUGACGGUCAAGUUCAAGCUGCUAAGUCUACUGCCGCUGCCGUUUCUCAAAUAACUGAUGGUCAAGUUCAAGCUGCCAAGUCUACUGCUGCCGCUGCCUCUCAGAUUUCUGACGGCCAAGUUCAGGCCACUACCUCUACUAAGGCUGCUGCAUCCCAAAUUACAGAUGGGCAGAUACAAGCAUCUAAAACUACCAGUGGCGCUAGUCAAGUAAGUGAUGGCCAAGUCCAGGCUACUGCUGAAGUGAAAGACGCUAACGAUCCAGUCGAUGUUGUUUCCUGUAAUAACAAUAGUACCUUGUCAAUGAGUUUAAGCAAGGGUAUCUUAACCGAUAGGAAGGGUAGAAUUGGCUCUAUCGUUGCCAACAGACAGUUCCAAUUCGAUGGUCCUCCACCACAAGCUGGUGCUAUCUAUGCUGCUGGUUGGUCCAUCACCCCAGAAGGUAACUUAGCUCUUGGUGACCAGGAUACUUUUUACCAAUGUUUGUCUGGUGACUUCUAUAACUUGUAUGAUAAGCACAUUGGUUCUCAGUGCCAUGAAGUUUAUUUGCAAGCUAUAGAUUUAAUUGACUGUUGA